AACCAGAAAAGCCGUCUCCAAAAUAAUUCAACCUAAAGAUUGAUUUCUUCAAUCCAUCUUUCCACACCUUUGAAAUUUAUCGCACCGCGCAAACUUGCGAGAUUGCGAACCUGCCAUUAUGUCGUGGAGAAAUCAGGGAAUUACGGGGUCUAAUAACAUCCCCCUCGGUAAAAGUCGACGAUUUGGAGGUGAAGGAGACGAUGGUCGCGAAAAUGGAACCGAUGGCUUUAGUAUUUCGAGUGGCGAUCGCGACUUGAAGCGCGGUCGCAGUCCCGAGCCCAGAACCGAUGCUGAUGGUCCAAGACGUCGAAAGAAGCGCAAUCGUUGGGGCGAUGCUUCGGAAAACAAAGCCGCCGGCCUAAUGGGUCUUCCAACCGCCAUCGUAGCCAACAUGACUAGCGAACAACUGGAGGCAUACACUCUGCACCUGAGAAUUGAAGAGAUUAGCCAGAAGCUGCGAAUCAACGACGUUGUUCCUGCUGAUGGCGACAGGUAAAUUUUACAUUCAUAUAAUCUGUUAACUUUACUAUGGGCGCAAAACUAACUACUUUUCCACGCAGAUCCCCUUCUCCUCCUCCGCAAUAUGACAACCAUGGUCGCCGUGUUAACACUAGAGAAUACCGUUACCGCAAGCGUCUUGAGGACGAGAGACAUAAGCUCGUUGAGAAGGCUAUGAAGACGAUUCCUAACUAUCACCCGCCACAGGAUUACCGACGGCCCACCAAGACCCAAGAGAAGGUCUAUGUGCCCGUCAACGAUUACCCAGAGAUUAACUUCA